CAAAACAAGCAUGGAGCGAAAAUGCAAACCACCUGAAACAGAGGAUCUCCAGACAAUGAAAAGCUGUCUAACUUUAGAAACCCCAUUUAUCAACUUUUUGUGUGAUGCUAUACAUUCUUUGCUAGAUCUUGCAAUGAAAAACACCCAAAUAUUGAUCAUGUUUCUAUAGAUUUUUUUAUCGAUCUCGUCUAUAGAUAGUGAUUGUAUGGAAAAUGGGUAUUAACGUGAAGGAGACCGGUGCAACAAUAUGGAAAGUUUUUAGAUUCUCAAUGAACACAAGCAUCAAAUUCAUGAGAAACCACCCGGUCUCGUCAGGGGUUUCCAUGUUUUUACUUGCGCUAUACGUCAUCCUUCCUUCAUUGUUCUUCUUCUUGAUAUACUCGUCGCCGGUUCUUGCUUGUGGUGUAGUGUAUGCCCGAGAAAAGAUGGGAUUGAGUAUUCCAUCUUCAGGAUCAAAGAGUUGUGGAGGAGAAAAGGAUGGUGUUAGAUGUUACUUAAGACAACAAAGAAGUGUUAGACGAAACGCUAGAAUGCAAGUUGAAGAAUGGGACUCACAAACAAGCGAGGAAGAGAAGGACAAAGUUAUCUUGACCUCUCUUUACAAUGAACUUCUCGGUCGUAAACCACAUUUCGAGGAGUCUCCUAAAGCAAUAGAAACAGAAGUUGUAGAAGACAAUGAGAAGUCUGUUGGUGAGGAAGACUCGCAAAUGUCUUAUGUUAACGUUGAAGAACCAAUGGUUUGCAAUAGGGUCAAAGAAGAGAAAGAAGAGAUGAGGGAGGAGAUGAGCAAUUCUAAUGAACAUGGGGUUUCAGAGAUUGAUAGAGAUAGGAGACUAGAGAGUCUAAUAGCAAGAAGAAGAACAAAACGUCUCUUCAAACUAGCUCUUCAUCAACAUAAUAAGCAUCAAGCUGAGGAAACAGCUAGGUCUACACAUAACAGCAACCUUCGUGUUAACAUUCCAGGGAAAAAUAACAACAACCCUUUUGAAAAACGUCGAAACUACUAUCCAUCAGAUGAUGAUAGUACUGUUAUGGGAUUACAAUUUCCAUCCUCAGCACCUUCUGUGAUGUUACAAGCUAGAAACCCUUUUGACAUUCCUUAUGAUCCUCAAGAGGAAAGACCUAUUCUUAGUGGAGACAGCUUUGAUCAAGAGUUUUCAUUUUUGGACCAUAAAGAUAUGUUCCUCUCUCGUCAUGAGAGUUUCUCUCGCUUUGAUCUUUUCUCUCCAAAACGUUUAGGUAACAUGUUCUUAAAGUUAUUAGAUUUGGAGAAUGAAUAUGAACAAAAUACAAUAGAAGAUGACAAUAAAUGUGUUGAGAGUGGAAAGCUAGAAGUGAAUAAUGAGACAGAUUCAAACAAUGAAGAUGAUGAUGAUGAUUCAAGCUGUUCAGAAGAAAGUGAGUCAGAACACAACCGUUUCAACAAAGCAGAACUCAGAGAAGCUAUUAGCCACACCAUGGAUAACUAUCCUAGUUUUCUUGUGAAUCAAGCAAGAAAUAACAUCCCAAGCCCGUUACCUAGAGGCUUAGCACCGCCAAAAAUUGAUGAUAACAAUAUGUUUUAUGCUCGUAGACGCGAACAUUCGCACAGUAGAACAUUCUCCAUGGCCUCAGAUAUGCAAGUGGAGGUUUCAGAGAUUGGUUCACCUCCUACUAUGGUUGAUUGGCUUGAUGAAUGGUCUAAUGACGGGGAGUCCUAUAUUUAUGAUACUGAUAUUGAUAGAGAAGUCAUACGCGGUGAAGAAUCAUGCAAGAGUGUCUCUAGCCAAUGUGAAUCAAAAGAGGAUAAUAGUUGGCUAGAGACUAAACCAGUGGCAGAACACCUAAGAAUGACUGAUGAUAUGUAUACAAGAAGUCAAGCUGAAGAGAAUUUUGACCAGAAAUUUUCUAGUUUGAGUGAUGUUUCUAAGCCAACAAGAGGUUUGUUGUUCCAUACAAGCGUGUCAUUGUCGUCUAUAACAGAAGAACCUGAAACAAUCUUUGACUCGGUGGAUGGGGGAACCUCAGAGAAUAUGAACAUCUUGACUACAAAUUUAGCUGACCAGAUAUCUCCAGAUUCAUCUAGGAAGAAGUUUCUUGAUGAGGAAGUUAUUGAUGUGCAACCAUUAGAAAAUAGUGAUCUUUGUGGAUCUCCUAAGAUUAUGGAUUCAGAUAUCAUUGAUCACCAACAGAAAGACCAAAUAUUGAAUAGUAUUCAAGGAGAGUAUGGUACAAAUCAGAUCCAUAUGAAGAAUGAGAACACAAAACCAAAGGAAUAUGAGGCAACUCAGAGCUUAUUGGAUGCUUCUUUAGACAUUCCGUAUAUACAAUCAUUUGAAAGAGAGACAAAUGAAGAAGAAGAUGAUGAGGAACCAGAGUUAAAUAAUUUUACGAAAGAAGUAACAAUACAAACAGAAGAUAAGACACUUCAAGGUGACUUGAAGAGUUCUCCAUCCCAUGUUCUUACAAAACUACUAGAAAGUGAGGCCACGGUAGAGAACGGUCUGGAAUUAGGUAAAAGUACUGAUGCGUAUGCAAAGCCAAUAGCGCUUGAGAAAAGACAUGACGUCUUGGAAGCAUCUUCGAGCCAUUCUUCACAAUUACUUGAGGAUUACGGAAAUGCAGAAAAUGGUAGUGAUUUGUUUCUUCUACAAGUUCAAGACUCUUAUAACUCAGCAUUGGAUGAGUCAACUGAACAUCCACUCUCUAAUGAAGUAGAAAGUUCACGAUUAUCGAAAGAUCUUUGUGGUGAAUCAGCCCAAGAGUUCAACAAUAUAACGAAUGUUGAGGAAGAAUCAACAGCUUCAGAAGGGACUCAUAACUCACAAGGUUCACAACCAUGGACUCAACAGCACGGUACUGAUUCUUCUGAAAGAAUAUCAGCUAGAACAUUAGAGAUCACCCAGCAACCAGAGCAUAGUGAUGCUAUUUAUUCAAACACCGUCUCUCAAGAUACCACUGAUGAAGAUAUAUUUGCCAAGGACUCAACUGCUACUGAGAAGAAUGACGAAGAGAAACUAAAACCUGAUGAGCAAGUUAUAGAACAAGCUGUGGAAAAGGAAUUAGAGCUUGAUUUACAAUCAAUGCACCAUAACACUGGUUUAGUCUCUAAAGAAGAUGAUGAAGAAUCCAAGAAAGUGAAUGGGGCAGUGCACAAGGCCGAGACCACGACAGCAAAGACAGAAACAGAGACUUAG